AAAAUUACUAUUAAUUUUUCAGGUGCAAUGCUGCCCACGAUAACUCAGUUCUACUUCUCAAAUGAUCCUGACAGUGACAGAAUCGAAGUCCGUGAUUUGGAAACUUCGCCCGGUAUCAAGAACAAAGUUCCGAAGAAGGUGACAGACAAAUCUGAAUCAGCUCCAAAGUGCUAUGGUAAAUCCAUGGAAGAUGACUUACGACAGUACAUAGAACACCACAAGAAACUUCUGAAAUUCUCUGAGAUGCUGAACUCUCUACUGAGCCCCAUUAUGUUCAUGAGGAUACUGACAGCUGUAAUCGUAUUUGGCUUCGAUGGAUUCAACAUAACGCGCACAUCCGACAAUCUUGUGCUCCUGAGGUACAUCGCGGGAUUGUCAUAUAGCAUGUUGGAAACAGGGCUGACAUGCUGGUUCGCGUCCAGGCUCUCCAUGCAGAGUGAGAUGGUUGGUGAAGGGGUGUACAAUUCUGUAUGGUACGACAAACCUAUUGACGUUCAACAUUCUUUGAAAUUUAUCAUCAUGAGGUCCCAGCGCCCAGUUGCGCUGUCAAUAGGGCCGUUCGGAACCCUUUCCAUGAAUCUGUUUGCCACGAUCCUGAAUUCUGCUUACUCAUACUUCACUGUCCUGACGCAGUUUCAACAGAAGUGACAACAUUCUGCAGCGGAUUCUUCAGUACAAUAUCUCCUAGUAGUAGGCAAAUAUGCCGGUCACGGUAGCCCAGCGGUCUAAGGCACGUACUGUC